UUGUGAUGUACAAAAUGCCUGUGAAUUAUCUGUUAUUUUGACAAUAACUGGUUUCAACAGCUCCAACAACCUUUAACUUCAUGCAAUAUCUAAUAGUUUCUUUCCUGGCUUUACUUUCUGUUCAUUUAGAACAUCUUACUGCAGUUCAGCAUAAACUGAAAUCUGGUCUGAAGGAGAAGUUCCAGUGUGUGUUUGAGGGGAUCGCUAAAGCAGGAAGUCCAACCCUUCUGAACCAGAUCUACACAGAGCUCUACAUCACAGAGGGAGGGACUGGAGAGGUCAAUGAUGAACAUGAGGUCAGACAGAUUGAAACAGCAUCCAGGAAACCACACAGACCAGAAACAACCAUCAGACAAGAAGACAUAUUUAAAGUCCCACCUGGAAGAGACCAACCAAUCAGAACAGUGAUGACAAAGGGAGUGGCUGGCAUUGGGAAAACAGUCUUAACCCAGAAGUUCACUCUGGACUGGGCUGAAGGCAAAGCCCACCAGAACAUCCACUUCAUAUUUCCAUUCACCUUCAGAGAGCUGAGUGUGCUGAAAGAGAAACAGUUCAGCUUGGUGGACCUUGUUCAUCACUUCUUUACUGAAACCAAAGGAAUCUGCAGCUUUGAACACUUCCAGGUUCUGUUCAUCUUUGAUGGUCUGGAUGAGAGUCGACUUCCUCUGGACUUCCAGAACCAGGAGAUCCUGACUGAUGUUACAGUGUCCACCUCAGUGGAUGUUCUGCUGACAAACCUCAUCAGAGGGAAACUGCUUCCCUCUGCUCGCCUCUGGAUAACCACACGACCUGCAGCAGCCAAUCAGAUCCCUGCUGAGUGUGUUGGCAUGGUGACAGAGGUCAGAGGGUUCACUGACCCACAGAAGGAGGAGUACUUCAGAAAGAGAUUCAGAGAUGAGGAGCAGGCCAGGAGGAUCAUCUCCCACAUGAAGACAUCAAGAAGCCUCCACAUCAUGUGCCACAUCCCAGUCUUCUGCUGGAUCACUGCUACGGUUCUGGAGGACGUGUUGGAGACCAGAGAGGGAGGAGAGCUGCCCAGCACCCUGACUGACAUGUACAUCCACUUCCUGGUGGUUCAGACCAAAGUGAAGAAGGUCAAGUAUAAUGGAGGAGCUGAAACAGAUCCAGACUGGAGUCCAGAGAGCAGGAAGAUGAUUGAGUCUCUGGGAAAACUGGCUUUUGAUCAGCUGCAGAAAGGAAACCUGAUCUUCUAUGAAUCAGACCUGACAGAGUGUGGCAUCGAUAUCAGAGCAGCCUCAGUGUACUCAGGAGUGUUCACACAGAUCUUUAGAGAGGAGAGAGGGUUGUACCAGGACAAGGUGUUCUGCUUCGUCCAUCUGAGUGUUCAAGAGUUUCUGGCUGCUCUUCAUGUUCAUCUGACCUUCAUCACCUCUGGUGUCAACAUGAUGGAAGAAACAGGAACAGUAUCUAAGAAAGCUGACCCAAAGUCUUUUCAUCAGAGAGCUGUUGACCAGGCCUUGCAGAGUCCAAAUGGACACCUGGACUUGUUCCUCCGGUUCCUCCUGGGACUUUCACUGCAGACCAAUCAGAGACUCCUACAAGGUCUGCUGACACAGACAGGAAGUAGCUCACAGACCAAUCAGGAAACACUUCAGUACAUCAAGGAGAAGAUCAGUGAGAAUGUGUCUGCAGAGAAAAGCAUCAAUCUGUUCCACUGUCUGAAUGAACUGAAGGAUCGUUCUCUAGUGGAGGAGAUCCAACAGUCUAUGAGUUCAGGAAGUCUCUCCACAGAUAAACUGUCUCCUGCUCAGUGGUCAGCUCUGAUCUUCAUCUUAGUGUCAUCAGCAGAAGAUCUGGAUGUGUUUGACCUGAAGAAAUUCUCUGCUUCAGAGGGGGUUCUCCUGAGGCUGCUACCAGUGGUUAAAGCCUCCAACAAAGCUCUACUGAGUGGCUGUAACCUCUCAGAGAGAAGCUGUGAAGCUCUGUCCUCAGUUCUAAGCUCCCAGUCUUCCAGUCUUAGAGAACUGGACCUGAGUAACAACAACCUGCAGGAUUCAGGAGUGAAGCUUCUCUCUGCUGGACUGAAGAGUCCAAACUGCAGACUGGAAACUCUCAGACUGAGUGGCUGUAACCUCUCAGAGAGAAGCUGUAAAGCUCUGUCCUCAGUUCUCAGCUCCCAGUCCUCCAGUCUCAGAGAACUGGAUCUGAGUAACAACAACCUGCAGGAUUCAGGAGUGAAGCUUCUCUCUGCUGGACUGGAGAGUCCAAACUGCAAAUUGGAAACUCUCAGACUGAGUGGCUGUAACCUCUCAGAGAGAAGCUGUGAAGCUCUGUCCUCAGUUCUCAGCUCCCACUCCUUCAGUCUCACAGAACUGGACCUGAGUAACAACAACCUGCAGGAUUCAGGAGUAAAGCUUCUCUCUGCUGGACUGGAGAGUCCACACUGCCAACUGGAAACUCUCAGCUUAUCAGGCUGUCUGAUCUCAGAGGAAGGCUGUGCUUCUCUGGUAUCAGCUCUGACCUCCAACCCCUCCCAUCUGAAAGAGUUGGACCUGAGCUACAAUCAUCCAGGAGACUCAGGAGUGAAGCUGCUGUCGGCUGGACUGAAGGAUCCACAUUGGAGACUUGAAGCUCUCAGGGUGGAGCCUGCUGGAGAACGAUGGUUGACACCAGGUCCAUGGAGGUAUUCAUGUCAACUCACAAUCGACACAAACACAGUGAGCAGAAAACUCAAACUGUCUGAAGACAACAGAGAGGUGACACAUGUGGAGGAGCUUCAGUCAUAUCCUGAUCAUCCAGACAGAUUUGGUUUUCCUCAGCUGCUGUGUAGAGAUGAUCUGACUGGUCGCUGUUACUGGGAGGUCGAGUGGAGAGAAGACGUUAAAAUAUCAGUGAGUUACAGAAGAAUCAAGAGGAGAGGAGAUUUUAGAGAUUGUAUGUUUGGAGGGAAUGAUCACUCCUGGAGUCUGAACUGCUCUGAUUAUGGUUACUCUGUCUGGCACAAUGACAGACAAACAUCUAUCUCCUCCUCCUCUGUCUCUAACAGAGUAGCAGUGUAUGUGGACCAUCCUGCUGGUAUUCUGUCCUUCUACAGAGUCUCCUCUGACUCACUGAUCCACCUCUACACCUUCAACACCACAUUCACUGAACCUCUGCAUCCUGGCUUUGAGUUCUGGUAUACCAGUCCAGGUUCUUCAUUUUUUUUAUGCUAAAUUGAGUCUAAAGAAUCUCCUCCUGUCAGAGAAAGCCUCUCCCUGUUGAACAGAUAGUUCAGUCUGUUCAUGU